CCGCAAUUCAAAUACCUCACUCAACAUGAACACCUCCUGUCGGGCCCCGCGGGAAAUGGCCGAUUUGAGGGCAAAGGCCACCACCAAAAUAUCAAAAGGUCCUUGGUGAUAAAGUAGUAUUAUCUGCACGACUAAUGUUUUAUUUUCUUUCAAAAAUAAAGCAUUAAACAGAUUCAAGGUCUCUAGUAAAGCUAUUGAAGUUAUAGUAACUUAAUAUCAAGUUUUGUUGUAGAGAAUCCAACUGUUAGCAAGUGUCCCCAAAUCUGCCACUUCCCGCGGGGGUGUAGAGCACCUCUUCACGAUCCACCAGGGAUAACAGAGUUCCCUGCUAAUGCUGACAUCAAUGUUGUACCUGGAUCUCACCACAUGGAUCAUCCCAUCCAUGUCCUCUUUACUAGAACAGUCAGAUUUUCUCGAAGCAUGCAUAUCCUCUUUCCAGAACUCUUCCAUCCCUUCAUCCGACAUCAUUACCUGGUUCACGCCUUCCCAAACGCAGGGUCUUCGCCGCACUCUGUCUCACUAACGCAUGCAUCUCGUCAACCCAAUUAUUCCAACCCUCAUCUCGUAACAAAAACUUGAAUAACAAUCUCGAGAUCCCAAACCUCAAAUCUUCAAACGGCAAAAGAAUACUCUCCUGUAAGCCCAAGGCUCUGAAGCUAAGCCAAUUAAGCGACGUCAAAACAGGCACCCCGUAUGACAGGAUCUCAAGAUAGACGAAGCAUCGAAUAAGAAACGCCCAAAGUCUUAACUGUUUCUUGGAACGGAUGCAGAGGCGUUCAUCCGGCAUACCUAAUACGGCCCGCGGCUGCACCCUGAUCGGGCCUUUCCACGGACGAGUCGGUCAUUCAUCCGUCUUGGCAGCUUGCAUUUGGUAGCCGAGCAGCAGAAGAUUCUCUUCGUACUACAUCAACCAGUCAGUGCCUGCAGUGGCGAUCUUGGCUUCUCUUUAUCUCCGCUUUCUUUCCCGUAUUCUGGGGUGUGGAGAGUUGAGAUGGGAGGUCGGAUUGGUUUGUUUGUUUAGAUGUGGGUACACGUGGGGAGGUGAACGUUUCCCCAGAUGUGCGUGGGCGGCCGGGAGUGAAAGUAAGCUUGAAUAAUGAAGGGCACGGCAGGGGCUCUUGCAUUUAGCCUAAGUGUCACAAUGCUCCGGGUAAUAUGUCCUUGAUUGAUGAUCGCCUCAACGUCCGUACUUGGAUGGCUGGCUAUUGCACCGGCUACUGCUAUGAACCUGGAUUGAAGAUGUGGUUGGAUUCAUGGAUCUUUUGAGGUAGAGAGGGACGAGGAUGUUGGAAAUCCUACAUAUGUCCGGUGAUGUCCUGCUGCUUUGUUGCAGCUUGCUUCUCCUCUUCUCUUUAUCUUCAAGGACUUUCUGUGUGAGAAAUACUUCAGACAGUCGGAGGUGACACCUUGAUCUGGUGCAGUCUGUUUCGACUUCGAUCAAACAUCACCGACGACAAAGGAUCCACCGAAGAAACCGCCAGUAUGGUUCAGAUCGUCGAAGCUUCCAAGGUGUCGGAGGGGACAUUAGGUUUCUCUGACCCCGUCGUCACCCAGAUCGCCAAUGAGGAUACAGUGAAAUGGUACAAGAAGCCAAAUCUCAGAAUUAUGUAUCUUUACCUGUUCUUCUGCUGCAUGGGCGUUGAGAUGACCUCUGGAUUCGACUCUACACUCAUUGGGACACUUCAAUUCUCCGAUCCAUGGAAUAAGUACUUCAGUGAUGGUGCGAAAGAUUCUAAGGGCAAGCCGGUCUUGUCAGCUCCUCUCCUCGGUUUCGUCUCGGCUUGCUAUCAACUCGGGUCCAUCAUUGGAGUGCCCAUUGCACCUUGGUUCAAUCAACGAUUCGGUCGCAGAUGGUCAAUUAUGUUUGGAUCGAUCAUCAUGGUUAUUGGAGCUAUCAUCCAGGGCUUCGCACAAAAUCUUGGGAUGUAUAUUUUCUCUCGAAUGGUCCUUGGAUUUGGUAUUGUCUUUGCCAUCAUUUCAGGGUCUUCUUUGAUUGGAGAGUUGGGUCACCCGAAGGACAGAUCAACAUUGACUUCACUCUUCAAUGCCUCCUACUACAUUGGACAGAUUACCGCCGCAGCUAUCGCUCUUGGUACUACCAAUAUCCCCAGCAACUGGAGUUGGCGUCUUCCAUCUCUUUUGCAAAUGUGCCCGUCCUUCUUGCAGAUCGGAUUCGUCUUCCUCCUCCCAGAGUCCCCCAGAUGGCUCAUCAGUCGAGACCGAUACGACGAAGCCCACGCGAUUCUCAUCAAAUACCAUGCUGAAGGCGACCCUUCCUCAGUCCUCGUCACAGCCGAAAUCGCCCAAAUCAAAGAAACCAUCCAAAUCGAAAUCGGCAACAGCAAACAGUCCUGGCUCGACAUGAUCCGCACCUCCGGUAUGCGCCGCCGUGUCCUCAUCUCCGCCUUCCUCGGACUCUUCACGCAAAUGUCCGGCAACUCACUCCUCUCAUAUUACCAAAACCUACUCUACGAGAUGAUGGGAUAUACAACCAAGUAUGCCAAGACGCGCAUCAAUCUUGCCAAUGCCUGCUGGAGUUUGCUCGUUUCUACUAUUGCUGCCUUUGCGGUUGCCAGAUUCAAGCGUAGACAUAUGUUCAUGCUCAGCGCGGCUAGUAUGUGUACUGUGUUCACGGCGAUGACCAUUUCAUUCCAGCAGUUGCGGAAAGCUAAGGAUGCUGGAGUACGUAAUAAAGCAGCAGGUGUUGCAGCGCUGUUCUUCUACUUUGCGUAUGCGCCUUGUUACAGCAUCGGUAACAAUGCUUUAACUUACACCUACCUCAUCGAACUCUUCCCCUACUCCGUCCGCACACGCGGUAUCGGAAUCGAGCAAAUCUUCGGCAAAAUCGGCCUCUUCUUCUCCAACAACGUCAACCCCAUCGCGCUCAAAGCCAUCGACUGGAAAUACCUCGCCAUCUACUGCGGCUGGAUCGCCUUCGAGUUCCUUUUCAUCUACUUCAUGUAUCCCGAGACGAGCGGUCGUACGCUUGAAGAGUUAGCGUUCUUGUUUGAGGAUAAGGCCCUGGCUGAGCAGGCUGUGGUGGCGGUCGAGAAGCAGAUCCAUCAGGAGGAUAUGGAUCCGUCGAAGCAAGUUAUUGUGCAUUCGGAGAAUGUGCAACCGUCUAGGGUUUGAUUUGUAAAUCUUGGGAUGUGCCCGCUUGGGAGCAAGAGACUGGUCUCGAAAUACGGUGGGAUGAGAUUGAGCGUGUAUCGAUGUGCAGCGUGAUAUUGAAAUGAAAUCAUUUCCAACUCG